AAAAGAUUUGGUAGAUGUUUGAAGUUGAAAAUAUUUUAAAAUGUUUAACAGUUCUUUUUAUAUUACCUUACCGAGCAAUGCUUCGAUGAAACUGUAUCCUGAAAAUACUUUGGCAUCUUACACCAACAAACUUGCAAACAGAAUUACAUUGAAAGAAGAUGACUGGGAAGUAGCAUUGGUAGAGAUUCAAUACCCUGCUGUGUUCACUAAUAUUAAAAGUAAAGAUAUUUGGAUGAAAAUUGAACAUGAAGUAAAAGAUGAUUCCUCUACUACUGUGAUCAAUGUUGCUGAUGGUAUUUAUGACAACAUCGAAAGUCUUCUACUGCUUUUAAAUGAAAAAUUGAAAGGUCCACCAUCUAUGGGUUUUGAAUUUGAUUACUUCAGCAUAACAAACAGAGUAAAAUUAGAGAUUUCAGCAGCAAGAUUGACAGAAAUUCAUUCCAUUCUUCUUAGCCCCCUUCUGGCAAUAGUUUUAGGGUUUGCAUUACCAGAGGAAUUGGAAAAUUCAGUCACAUUCACAUUAUACACAGUUUUAGUUAAGGAAAUGAGUUCCAGUGCAAUUUUACAUGACCAGAUUGAAGAGAGUUUAGCAGACUCUAGAACCUCAUCACUUGCAGUACAAUCCCCUUUCCCUCCUAGCUUACAGUUUGAUGUUCCUCCACAUAUGUACAUUUACAGUGAUGUUGUAGCACCUAACUUUAUUGGUGAUACUUUGGCGCCUUUGCUAAGAAUUGUCAAAACUGGAGAAGUUGGAAAAAAUAUUAGUCACACAUUCACAGAACCUUACUAUAUACCAGUAUUGAAGCGAGAUUUUGAAACAGUUGAAGUAAAUAUAAGGAAGGACAGUGGCGAACUUGUUCCAUUCUUGUGUGGGAAGUUGAACGUGCGGCUGCAUUUUAGACGAAAUGGCUCGUUAUCGCAGAAAUCCAACUAAUGUUUUUGAUGAGUAUUACGAGUUACAAGCUGGUGGCAAUGGUAUGGCAUACUUUCAAGGCUCUCCUUAUCAAAGGGGGCAUGGCAUCGGUAGUUUUCUUGGUGGACUUUUUAGAGGCGCUUUACCAUUGCUUAAAUCUGGUGCAAGAGCUGUUGGAAAAGAAUUAUUACAGUGUGGUAUUAAUGUUCUUGAUGAUCUACCUGAGGCAACGUUGAAAGAUUCAGUCAAUACCCGCACUGGUAAGGCUGUUCAAAAAGGAUACCAAUUGAAGCAAAUCUAUGAAGUGUGGUCAUACAAGAGUACACAGUAUGAUAAAAACACCAAAAAAGGUGGAUUAUUUUCUGAAUACAUAGAUUUAUUCUCUACCAUAAAGCAGAAAUCGUCGGGAUACCCGCCCAAUGUAAGAACAGACGAGGAUAAGAAGAAGUUUGUAAAGGAAUUAUAUGACAGGGAGGGUAUAACUCUUAAAGUGGAUGAAAUCCAGUCUAACCCGGGACUGCGAUCACUAAGUAAACUGUGCCUGAAUAGUUUAUGGGGAAAGUUUGGCCAGCGUAAUAAUGUGGGCUCAACAACAAUUAUAGACUCCCAAGCCACCUUGUUUCAAUACUUGGAGGACCCAUCUAAAGAGAUUUCAAGCAUCAUGUUUAUGCCAGGUAGAGAUGGAAACGAUAUUGCCUACGUAAAUUGGAAAGUGAUUGAAGAAUGCGCGGAAGAUUCCAACUUCAUAAAUCCUAUAAUAUGUGCACAUGUAACUGCUGAGGCACGUCUGGUGUUAUAUGAGUACCUGGAAAAGUUGGGUAAUCGCGUGUUAUACUGUGACACUGACUCCAUAAUUUACACCGAGUUACCACAUGACCUUAAAAUUGAAACUGGACCAUUCCUUGGUCAAAUGGGAGAUGAGCUGGCUACAGAAUAUGGCGAGGGGGCCUAUAUAACUGAGUUUAUAUGUGGUGGACCAAAGAAUUAUGGAUAUUGCGUCAAAACAGCGAAAAAUGAAUAUAAAUAUGUUGUUAAGAUUCGAGGGAUCACAUUAAAUCAUCAAGUCUCCAAAUCAUUAAAUUUUGAAAAUAUGAAAGAAUUUAUCCUGAACCCUCCUCCAAAUCCUGUACAGGUAAAAUAUGAAAAUAAAAUUCAACGAAAAAGGCCGUUCAUGGUAAUAAACUACGAAGCAACUAAAAAAUAUGGAGAAGUUUCAUCCAAGAGACGAAAAGUGGGACUACGUACUCUACCUUACGGAUACAUUGACCCAGAUAUUGAUAUGGAUGAUCAAGAUUAAAAGUUAUGUCAAUAUUUUUUUUUUUUCAAUACACUACUGCUCCUCUUUUUUUUUUUUAAUACUCUGUAUUUUUGUAAUUAGGUAUAGUUAGGUACUAUUACUUGGUUCAUAUAAGUACUCUUACCUUAUACAUACGUUUUUUUUUCUUCUUUGCAUUAAU